GUGGCGACUUAGAGCACUUCAGUGGUACCAUUCUGGGACGAUAAGGAACGACACGACAAUCUCAGGGUUUUGGAGUCCACUUGACAUUCCCCUGUUCUAUUACUUUCAGAUGUCUGGUAGAGCGGGUCGUAGAGGUUUCGACCCAGUGGGGAAUGUUGUUUUUUUUGGAGUUCCUUACCGCAAGGUCCAACGCCUCAUCACAGCUAACAUCCCAAAGCUUGUCGGGAACUUCCCCAUCAACGUAUCUCUGGUACUGCGCCUGCUCCUGAUGACGUCAAAAGGAAACGACAAGAAAGACGCACUGACCAAGGCUCUAGCAUUGCUGUCUCACCCAUUCAUCUGCCGAAAACACCCGGAAAUGGAGAGUCAGAUCAAGAAGCACUUUCUCUUCAGCAUCGAGCUCCUUGCUAGAUUGAGUCUUAUAAACAAUGAAACUGGCGCUCUUCAAGAGAUGGCCGGACUCGCCACUCAUCUUCAUUAUCACGAACCUUCCAACUACGUCUUGGUCAGUUUUCUGCAACGCGGGCUCUUUCAUGAUCUUUGUCAACCAGGAUUAAAAGGCAAAUUUUCGAAAGACGUCAUGAGGAAAAUGGUUCUUGUUCUGAGCCACUUGUUUGGUAGAAGAUUCCUUCACGCAUCUUUCAAGCGAAGACUUCACUUGUGCCCGACGUCAAAAGUAAUUUUGGAAGAUCUUCCUGAUGAAUUUGCCGAAGCACUUCAAGCUUAUAACCGUCAGGUUACGGAUGUCUUCAGCCAGUACCUCAAAACUGUGGCCGCCGAACUUGAAGAGGAACGGGGAGAGGAAAAUAAACUCCCUUUAUCAGGCAUAGAAUUUCCAGAUCAGGCAAGCUCUACCGACCUUGUCGAAAACGAAACCAUCAAAAGCCUUGCACGCUCUUCCAUUGUUUACUCUGCUUGUUCGUCAUUUACUGCACUAUCAGGGAAUUCAGACUUACAUUUUCAUUCCACUGGCCAAAAAGCAGCUGUUCACUUGGAAAAGAAAGCAAGCAGCGUUGGUGGAGGAAGUGAAGAAAGUGAACACAAAUCUGAGAGUGACGAAGAAGAUGAGAAAGAGCAUCGUGAGCCAAUUGAACACUUGUUGAAGAUUAUUCGUCAAGAUGUCUACACAGAUAUGAACGUCGUUCCCAUUCUUCCUCUGAAGAAAUACAACUCGACCGGACGUGUUCAACAUCUGAAUGCUUAUGCACUGGAUUUCUUCAAACACGGAUCCCAGAAAGUUAUCGAGAAAGAGAAUGGAAUCAAGGCCGGCGAGGUUUUCUCGUUGCUGAAGGACUUUUAUCUCACCAUUAAAUCAAUCAGUUGUUCUUUGGAAGAACUGGGACCCAAAACUGACAAUGUCGUGCUCGCCUUUAAGCAGUUGGCCCGGGAGUUUGGAGAGAAGUUCAACAAACAGUUUAAAAGAGACAUAUGAGAACAAAUUCAGACAGUUU